AGGGCAUAUAAAACAUUCAACGCUGUCAGGGAGUCCGAGAGGCGCAACGACCCUGAAAGAUAACUAUUUGGGCGCGCAAAAUGAAUCUAUUAAUCGGUGGACUUGUUUGUUGGAUUGGCAUGCUGGCGACCAGAACGCAGGGGACUUAUCAACGUUAUGGAGCUUAUCAGAGUCACCGACCCGCGGACAGGUUUUUAAAUCCCGGGCGACCACACGUACCGCCAAGAGUCUAUCAGAGCUUUCAAAAUGUUAAAACGAUUGAUCCCAGAUUCAAAGAAGCCUUUCCAAAUGGACAAUCGUUCCAAACCAUCCUUCCAAGAGAAUAUACGGUCAAAGGCUUUCAGCAGAGUCCUCGGCCAUUUAACCAAGCGCCAAUCAACCAAGCACCAUUUAGCCAAGCGCCAAAUCCAUCGCAAAUCAACCAAUCGCCAAUCAACCGAGCGCCAGUCAAACAAGCGCCAGUCAAACAAGCGCCCAUCAACCAAUCUCUAAUCAACCAAGCACCAAUCAAGCUAUCGCCAGUCGUUCCUGUUGCAAUCAGAACAGCGCCAUUCAACCAAGCGUCAAUCAAUCAAGAGUCGGUUAAUCAAGCUCGGCGAAAGGAAGUCAGCAACCAUCUAUCGCAGAAUCUUCCAGAGCAAGAAGCGGCAAGGUCAAACUGCAGGAACCGGCCCAUCGACCUGGUGUUCAUCAUAGACAGCUCUCGCAGUGUGCGGCCCGUCGAGUUCGAGAAGGCCAAGGACUUCCUCCAGGACAUGGUGGACAACCUGGAGAUCGGCCAGGACUCCACGCGGGUGGGCGUGGUCAACUACGCCAGCACGGUGCAGCUCGACUUCAUGCUCAAGACGUACUUCGACAAGACCUCCGUGAAGCAGGCGCUGGCCCGCAUCGAGCCCCUCUCGUCGGGUACCAUGACGGGCCUGGCCAUCAAGACCGCCAUGGAGCGGGCCUUCACCGCCGAGUCGGGCGCUCGGCCCGCCUCCAUGAACAUUGCCAAGGUGGCCAUCAUCGUCACGGACGGCCGGCCCCAGGACAAGGUUCAGGACGUGGCCGCGGCGGCGCGGGCGUCCGGCAUCGAGAUCUACGCGGUGGGCGUGGACAGAGCCGACAUGGAGUCCCUGCGGCUCAUGGCCAGCCCCCCUCUGGACGACCACGUCUUCUAUGUGGAGACCUAUGGGGUCAUUGAGAAGCUUGCAUCUAAAUUUAGGGAAACCUUGUGCGGUCUGGAUGCAUGUUCUAUGGGACACAACUGCCAGCACACAUGUGUCAACAGCGGCAACUCGUUCUACUGUACGUGCCGUGUGGGCUAUGUCUUGAAUAUGGACAAGAAGACAUGCUCACGGUCCGAUCCGUGCUCCCAAGGACACAGCUGCCAGCAUAUUUGUGUCAACAGUGGCGACUCGUAUACCUGCAAGUGCCGAGAGGGUUACACCUUGAGCACAGACCGGAAAACGUGCUCACGUAGUGAUGUAUGUGCUCAGGGAAACAACUGCCAGCACAUCUGCGUCAACAACGGCAACUCGUACACUUGCCAGUGUCGAACGGGAUUCGUGUUGAACGCAGACCAGAGAACUUGCUCACGUGCUGAUGCUUGUGCACAAGGCCACAACUGCCAGCACAUUUGUGCCAACAACGGUGCCUCGUACGUCUGCCAGUGUCGGACGGGGUUCAUGCUGAAUGCCGACAAGAGCACCUGCUCACAGAUUUCAGCGGAUUUCUGUCCCCAAGGACACAACUGCCAGCACAUCUGCGUCAACAACGUGAACUCGUACACUUGCCAGUGCCGAACGGGAUUCAUGUUGAACGCAGACCAGAAAACUUGUUCACGUGCUGAUGCUUGUGCACAAGGACACAUCUGCCAGCACAUUUGUGCCAACAACGGUGCCUCGUACGUCUGCCAGUGUCGCACGGGGUUCACGCUGAACGCUGACAAGAGCACCUGCUCCCGCGCAGAUGUGUGUUCUCAGGGCAACACCUGCCAGCACAUCUGUGUUAACAAAGGUGACUCGUACACUUGCCAGUGUCGAAUGGGAUUCGUGUUGAACGCAGACCAGAGAACUUGCUCACGUGCGGAUGUCUGUCUCCAAGGACACAACUGCCAGCAAAUCUGCGUCAACAACGUCAACUCGUACACUUGCCAGUGCCGAACGGGAUUCAUGUUGAACACAGACCAGAGAACUUGUUCACGUGGUGAUCUGUGUGCUCUGGGAAAUAACUGUCAGCACGUCUGCAUGAAUAACGGUAACUCGUACGUCUGUCAGUGUCGCACUGGAUACGUCUUGAACGCAGACCAGGCCACUUGUUCACAGGAAAUGCGUGGUGAAAUAACUGAAGACGCUUGCAUGUGUGAAGCUCAAGUGGCAUUCCAGAAAAAAGUCCAGUCUACCUUCCAGGACCUGAACAAAAAACUCGAUCAGAUUUCGACCAAGCUGACUCAGAUGGAACAGAAACAGAAUUUCUCCUGAAGAGAAUGAGAGAGAAGCACCCAGAAUAAUGUUUGGCAAGGUCAUUUGCCAAGCUUUAAUGCGCAGAUUCUAUUUAAUCUAUUAGUCUCAAAAUACAAUUUGAAUUAAUAUUGUGCAUCAUUGUAUGGUACUUUUUUACCUUCAUUAUAACACAUUAUUUAUGCAUAUAUAUCAGUAUACAUGCAGGCACUGUGGUCUGUAAUGUCUGGAUAUAUUGAGCUUUGAUAAGUCUGGAAAUAUGAUUGAAAGUAAGCAGUUGAUAUUCCAUGUGUGCAAUGUGUAACGCAGGAAAGUUUGUAGCAUGAACAUGAUGUUGGGUUGAUGAGAGUGGAUCAACGGGCUACUUUGUUUGCUUGUAAAGAAAAUGUUUAAUUAUUUAGGAGAUAUUGGACCUCAAUAUAUAUAUAUAUAUAUAUAUACUGUAGAUUCAUUCAUUAAAAACACUUGACAAACACACACAUAAUAUGUUUUUAUUCUAUCUAAAAUUGUGUCCUCAGCGGUAUUUUAAUGAGAUCCAGCCUAAGAGAGAUUGAACUGUGAUUAUCCGGGGCAGUGGCAUGGACGUGUCACCGCACAACACUGCAGAUUAUCUCUGAGAAACAAAAUAUAUCAUUACAUGAUUAUGAAUUUUGUUACGUGAUGCUCUUUUUAGGGGAGGACAAUGCCAAAUUGCAGAAACUCAUGAUUGUUUAGCAAAUGUGAUUAACCUCCAAGGAAGCUUCUGGUUGAAUAGAAAUAGAGUUCACGUGUAAAUAAUUAGAAGGCCACAGAGAGAAAUACAUGUUUAAUGAUCAACGAGUAGGAUCGGCUUAUGAAUGACCCCAAAACACUGCCCAAUUAGCAUUCAUGAAGUACAUGGAUCAGUGCCCAUCCGUCGCUUGGUUCAGGGCUUUGUCUUGAAAAUAUGUUAACAUUGAGUUGUGUUACCUGUAGUAUUUUGACAGUAUAUUAAAAAAUUUUCUCAUUGCCAAAUAAAUACACGUAUCUUAUUUA